AUGAUACCUUCUGGCCCCAAGAAGAUGCAGGCAGCACUUCCUGCUAACGAGAUGCAAGAGAUAUCCCCUCCUGAUGAUAUAAAGAGUAAAGUAUCAUUUAUACCAUCAAUAGAUUUAUUUUAUGACCCUAAAGAAGAGAAUAUAGUAUUAUUAAUGGAUUUACCUGGUGCAUCUAAGGAUGAUAUAUAUAUAGAGGUAGGUGAUGGUCUAUUAUCUAUAGGAGGACCUAGAUCUAAGAGUGAAUUAAAGGAAAGAUUUGGAUCACAACUUCGUCUUAUUGCUCAUGAAAGACCUACAGGAUAUUAUUGUAGAAGAUUUCAGCUUCCUUCUAAUGCACUUGAGGAUACAAUGGCUGCACAAUUCAAUGCAGGUGUAUUGGAGGUUAAAUUCAAAUGUGUACAACCUGUAGAGAAAAGACGUAUUGAUAUUAAUGCUGCAGCAGAAAAAUCCGAUAGAAAAGGAGAAAAACUUCGUUAA